AUUGUUUUUGUUGACUGGAGGGAAAGUAAUUGUUAGUAGAGAAGAGAGACGCUCAUUUCCUCCUUCUCCUCUUGUUUUGGUACAUUUCGUAUUUUACCACCGCCGAGGGAGAAGAGAGAGAGACUGAGAUAUGGAUUUGGACCAGUGGAUCUCGAAGGUUAAAGAUGGCCAACACCUUCUCGAAGACGAACUUCAGCUUCUCUGCGAAUACGUUAAAGAGAUUCUUAUCGAGGAGUCCAAUGUGCAACCUGUCAAUAGUCCAGUAACUGUUUGUGGUGAUAUUCAUGGUCAGUUUCAUGAUCUAAUGAAACUUUUCCAGACCGGCGGUCAUGUUCCCGAGACGAAUUACAUUUUUAUGGGGGAUUUUGUUGAUCGGGGUUACAAUAGUCUUGAAGUAUUCACCAUCCUUUUGCUUCUUAAAGCUAGAUACCCAGCUAAUAUUACCCUUCUACGUGGAAAUCAUGAAAGUAGACAACUCACCCAGGUCUAUGGAUUUUAUGAUGAAUGCCAGAGAAAGUAUGGAAAUGCUAAUGCUUGGCGAUACUGUACCGAUGUCUUCGACUAUCUUACACUUUCUGCAAUUAUAGAUGGAACUGUACUUUGUGUUCACGGUGGCCUUUCUCCAGACAUCCGAACAAUUGACCAGAUAAGAGUCAUCGAGCGGAACUGUGAAAUUCCUCAUGAGGGGCCAUUUUGUGAUCUAAUGUGGAGUGAUCCUGAGGAUAUUGAAACAUGGGCAGUCAGUCCUCGCGGAGCUGGUUGGCUUUUCGGAUCUCGGGUUACAUCUGAGUUCAAUCACAUAAACAACCUUGAUCUUGUUUGUCGAGCACAUCAACUUGUACAAGAAGGUCUUAAAUACAUGUUCCAAGAUAAAGGCCUUGUAACCGUAUGGUCUGCACCUAAUUACUGUUACCGUUGUGGAAAUGUAGCCUCUAUUCUUAGUUUCAAUGAAAAUAUGGAGAGAGAAGUUAAGUUUUUCACUGAAACUGAGGAGAACAAUCAGAUGAGAGGGCCAAGGACAGGUGUUCCGUAUUUCUUAUAAUUUGGUAUUUUGACUGAAUUUAUUGUAAAAUUAUUUAGUAAAUGGCUUACUAUUAUGAUUGGAUAGUGCUAGUCAUGUAUGUUGAGAUUCAAAUGCAUUGGUUUUUCUUAGGUGAA